AUGCUGUUACAGGAAGAUGACUCCGGUAAAUUACGCCUAGUACACUGUUUCAGUAAGAAGACUAAUGAAACCGAAAUGGUAACAGACUGCCAAGCGUUAGUCUAUAUGAAUGGCCUGAAAACGUCUAACUCACAAAUCACCCGAUGGUUCGACCUGAUGCAGGAGUUUGAUGUAGAAGUCAGACACCGAGCUGGUACAGCAAUGGCUCAUGUAGAUGCACUGAGCAGAGCCCCCACUGAGAACAGUACGGACACAAUGGAUGAGAUUAUAGCUAACCACCUAGAAGUAUUCACAACUCUCACUGAGGAACAGUAUGUCAAGAGUAUGCAGUAUAGUGAUUCUGAAAUUAUGGGUAUAAUAAAUUACUAG